CAUUUACCUUGGUUUGAAGCUUAUGACCGACCACGAUUUUCAAGGACAACAAAAAUGGUUGAGGUAGGACCGCCUGUGCGGAAAGAAAAAAGGUUACCAUGGGUGCCACCUGCGUCUUCAAAGUUCGAUGAAUGGGUUUCUAGUAUUGUAAUUGAAAAGCCUGGAACGGGCUAUAAUUUGAAAAAAGGAGAAAAAACAUGGCAGUAUGAAAGGAGGAUUCAACAAGAAAGUAUCAAUGCCAAAAGUCAAUAUCCCCCAUUGAAUAUCGAACCAUUUAGAUAUGUUCGAGAAAGGUUAUAUGGUGAAGAUGGUAGGGGGAUGACACCAGAACAUCGUGAGAUGCGUGCUCGAUGGGUCAGAGAUCAGCAGUUAGCUCCAGAAGAACCAAUUUAUGUCCCACCUCCAAGGAACAUCUUCAGGAGAGUGUUCGGGAAGCCGUGGGAAGUUGUAUACAUGGCGAAAUACAAAAUACGCAACACGCUCAUGUUUUGGACGCCACCGAAGGUGGUACCACCACGUCAUGCGAAUAAGCUGAUCCCCUGGACUUGUUUCUUUUAUGGUUUGGGUUUGGUCGUCUAUUAUAGAUUAAAAUACAACCCCAAGAACUGGGAGAACCAUAGUAUAGGAUUUGAAUAUCAGCAUGUGCAGCCAGCAAAUUUUGAAGGUAUUGACAGGGUAAUGGAGCCCUAUGAAUACAUGGACCGUGGAUUCUCUGAAAGAAAAGCUCUAUUGGACUUGAAAACAAGUGGACCCAGAUUCAGCUAGAUCCUCUUUCUCUGCAGCCAUCUGCAGCGACAUGAAAAAGAAACAGUUGUUGACUUUUCAAGACACUUAAGCGGUACCUGACCUCGAGGCAGACUUAUCUGGAUAUUUUUUGAAUGUUCAUCCAGUGAUGUGUGGUUUAGAUUUUGUGCUGCCACUGUUGAUAUUUUGAAGAAAAUUAAAGACCUAACAAAAUUAA